UGAGAAGUCACGAGGUGAUGGCGGCUGGUGGGGAGCUUGGCGGCUCUUGCUAGGGGCGUUCUACAGUGUGACUGAGGAGGCCCAGGGUGUCCCGUUUGUUUCAUCAUCGCCAAGAGGCAGGCAGUGGUGCUGUCCGCGGUGGCAUUGUUGGAGUGACUGGUGACAGAAUACGUUGGUGACGGGACCGAGGUCUGAGGACAGCUCUCCGCCUGCAGAAAUGAGUGAACAGACUGCUGCAUUAGAUACCUCGUCGCCACCCAAGAAGGCGCCUGCCCUGUCUAACACGACUGGAUCCAACAAUGACUUGGCAAGUAUCUUCCAGUGUCCGGUCUGCUUAGACUAUGCGUUACCACCAAUUCUUCAGUGUCAGAGAGGCCAUCUUGUCUGUAGAAGCUGUCACUCAAAGCUCACAUCUUGUCCAACUUGCCGUGGCCCCUUGGGAUCCAUUCGCAACUUGGCUAUGGAGAAAGUGGCUAACUUUGUACUUUUCCCGUGUAGAUAUGCCUGUUUGGGAUGUGAAAUCACUCUGCCACACACAGAAAAAGUAGAUCACGAAGAAGUCUGUGAGUUUAGGCUUUAUUCCUGCCCGUGCCCUGGUACUCUCUGUAAAUGGCAAGGCACUGUGGAUGCUAUAAUGCCUCAUCUGACGAAUAUGCAUGAGUACAUUACAACAAUAGAGGGAGAGGAUAUAAUUUUCCUUGCUACCAGCAUUAAUCUUGUUGGCGCUUUCGAUUGGGUGAUGAUACAGUCCUGUUUUGACGUUCACUUCAUGAUAGUCUUGCAGAAACAGGAAGAUCGCAAUGGCGGCCAGCAGUUCUUCGCAGUUGUACAGCUGGUGGGAACACGCAAGGAAGCUGAAAAUUUUGCUUACCGACUUGAGCUAAAGAGUAAUCGGCGACGACUGACUUGGGAAGCGACUCCUCUAUCUAUUCAUGACGACAUAGCAAAAGCCAUUAAGAAUAGAGACUGCUUAAUCUUUGACGCCAACACUGCGCUGCUUUUUGCAGAAAAUGGCGAUUUAAGCAUCGGUGUAGUUAUUGAUAUGUGUUGAAAUGGCAGUGGAACAUUUUCUAGCCAGUGUUUAAAACUGUUUAAUUUCACAGAAAAUAAGCCACCCAUCUGCCUGCCAACCUGAAACUCUUCACAAGUAUAAGCUCAACACAUAGAGGUAAAUAGAAAGGCUGUUGAAUACAGGAAAUAGUUGUAUGUAGUAACAUUAGUAUAUAUAAAGAUGAGCAUAUUUUGCAUUAAGAAAGCAUUAUAAAAUGUGAAUUUUGUGUUGUAGAUGGAUUGUAUUAUCGAAAAAUAAUGUUUUGUUUUGUUUUGUUUUUGGGUCUGUGAGUGUGUGCGUAUGUGUGUGUGUGUUUUGGGUUUUUUUUUUUCUUUUUCUUUUUUUUUUUUGAGACGGAGUCUAGCUCUGUCGCCCAGGCUAGAGUGCAGUGGCGCCAGUGUUUAAAACUGUUUAAUUUCACAGAAAAUAAGCCACCCAUCUGCCUGCCAACCUGAAACUCUUCACAAGUAUAAGCUCAACACAUAGAGGUAAAUAGAAAGGCUGUUGAAUACAGGAAAUAGUUGUAUGUAGUAACAUUAGUAUAUAUAAAGAUGAGCAUAUUUUGCAUUAAGAAAGCAUUAUAAAAUGUGAAUUUUGUGUUGUAGAUGGAUUGUAUUGUCGAAAAAUAAUGUUUUGUUUUGUUUUGUUUUUGGGUCUGUGAGUGUGUGUGUAUGUGUGUGUGUGUUUUGGGUUUUUUUUUUCUUUUUCUUUUUCUUUUUGAGACGGAGUCUAGCUCUGUCGCCCAGGCUAGAGUGCAGUGGCGCCAGUGUUUAAAACUGUUUAAUUUCACAGAAAAUAAGCCACCCAUCUGCCUGCCAACCUGAAACUCUUCACAAGUAUAAGCUCAACACAUAGAGGUAAAUAGAAAGGCUGUUGAAUACAGGAAAUAGUUGUAUGUAGUAACAUUAGUAUAUAUAAAGAUGAGCAUAUUUUGCACUAAGAAAGCAUUAUAAAAUGUGAAUUUUGUGUUGUAGAUGGAUUGUAUUGUCGAAAAAUAAUGUUUUGUUUUGUUUUGUUUUUGGGUCUGUGAGUGUGUGUGUAUGUGUGUGUGUGUUUUGUUUUGUUUUUUUCUUUUUCUUUUUUUUUUUGAGACAGAGUCUAGCUCUGUCGCCCAGGCUAGAGGGCAGUGGCGCCAUCUCGGCUCACGGCAAACUCCGCCUUCCGGGGUCACGCCAUUCUCCUGCCUCAGCCUCCCGAGUAGCUGGGACUACAGGCACCCCCUCACCAUGUUAGCCAGGAUGGUCUGGAUCUCCUGACCUAGUGAUCCGCCCACCUCGGCCUCCCAAAGUGCUGGGAUUACAGGCGUGAGCCACCGAGCUUGGCUUUGUUUUGUUUUUUUUUCCUUUAACUGACAAGCCAUUUUGAGUGGUCAUGGACCACUGUUUUUCCGCUUUGUGAGUCAAUACAUAGUGCUACUAUGUGGGGUUUUUUUGUGUGUAUUUGCUAGUUUUUUCUUCUAGUUUUUCAUUAAAUAGAUUUGACUUUCUGUUCUGUAAUUCAGGUUUCAUCUCACUUUUUUGUACCGUUUUAAAGUUAGUGUCUUUUGAUAUGCAUAAUUGUUUAUGGUAAAAUUUAUAAUAUGUUCCAUACAUGUUCUCUUUUCCCCCAUUAACUGGUUGAUUGGAAAUUUUUUUUUUUUUUUUUGGAGGGAGACUCUUUCGCCCAGGCUGGAGUGCAGUGGCGAGAUUUUGGCUCACUGCAACCUCCGCCUCCUGGCUGGGUUCAAGCAAUUCUCCUGUCUCAGCGUCCCAAGUAGCUGGGACUACAGGCGCCCGCCACCACACCUGGCUAAUUUUUGUAUUUUUAGUAAAGACGGGGUUUCACUGUAUUGGUCAGGCUGGUCUUGAACUCCUAAUCUCAGGUGGUCCACCCUCCUCGGCUUUCUAAAGUACUGGGAUUACAGGUGUGAGCCACCAUGCCCAGCCAGAAAUAUUUUAAAAUCAGCUGUUUUGUGAAGAUAGGAGUUCCAGAAAGUAAAGGUGACAUCGGAAAAAUUACCAAAAGCUAUUUAAAACAUGUAUAAGAUGGUCUUCGUCUCUUUCUCUCUUCUACAGAUGAGUCAUAUCUUUGAGAUUAAUUUUUGAAAGCUUAGAGAAUAAAUAGAUGUUUAUAAAUACAGAAAAUCAUUCCUUUUACAAGUAUCUUGGACAAAUUACGUUUAAAAUUUGUUCUUGUGUUUAUUGAUUGUAAAGGCAUUGUCAUGCACAGAACUUAAUUAAAAGCAAAUCAUUUGUUUAAAAA